GGUUUUUGGGUCUCCUUUUCAUCUGAAAAAAAACAAAGGCGAUAAACCCUAAUCUGAUUACAGUGUAAAACCCUAUUGGGAGAGAAAGAGGAAGAGGAAGAGGAAGAAGAAGCAUGAGACCGUUGGACGAGAAGGAAACGAGCGCAGUGUUCGAGAAGCUGUUCAAAUUCGUGGGAAACAACCUGAAGAACAUCGUGGAGAACCCUUCUCAUGAGGGUCCCGAUUCGAACCCUGGGCGCUACUGCUUCCGCCUCCACAAGAACAGGGUGUUCUACGCGAGCGAGUCCCUCGUGAAGCGCGCCACCAACGUUGCGCGCCCCAACCUGGCCUCCCUCGGCACCUGCAUCGGGAAGUACACCCACGGCGGCAGCUUCCACCUCACCGUGCAGGCCCUCAACCUCCUCGCCGCCAACGCCAAGCACAAGGUCUGGCUCAAGCCCCAGUCCGAGAUGUCCUUCUUGUACGGCAACCACGUCCUCAAGAGCGCCCUCGGCAGAAUCACCGACAACAUCUCCGCCGGAGACGGCGUCGUCGUCUUUUCCAUGGCCGAUGUGCCGCUCGGCUUCGGCGUCGCCGCCAAGUCCACGCAGGAUUGCAGGAAGCUGGAUCCCAACGGUAUUGUUGUUCUGCACCAGGCCGAUGUCGGAGAGUACUUGAGGAUGGAGGAUGAGCUUUGAUUCCUUCUUCUAACGGUUUUAUUUAUGUUGUAAUUGGUUUUGAUCCAUCUUUGAAUCUUAUCAAAUUACCUUGUCUUUUAUAUUAUCUGUAUCUAUUAUUUUUACCUUUUGAGGUUCCUCUGCUGUGCUUGCAUGCUAUUUUGUGAUUCGAGGAUAGGUGUAAUUUUAUCCAAGGGUAGCAAAAGGCAAACUGAUAAUCUGUCACCGGAGCUUCUGCCAUAUAGUGCAUUGGAAUAUAGUUUUUGACUGGUUGUUGCA